AUGAAGAGUUGGGUAGCGGUUGUGGCUGUUGUGCUUAGCAUAAUGUUGGUUGUGAGCGAGGCGGCGUCAGGGCCGUCAUCAUCAACAUCGGAUGACAAGAAAAAGAAGACAAACAACAAAAUGAUUAAUCCAGGGGUGUUGGACCCAUGUCAAAGGCCGGGAGGUCCGCACAAGGGUUGUCAAAACCCCUACGAGCAACGUACCCCGGCUAAUAAAUAUAACCGCGGUUGCACCAACCCUAAUCGUUGUCGUCAUUGACCUCAUUCAUCAUCAAUUUAUAUAGUGUUUUUUUCACUUAUGUAUGAUGAUAAUUAUCUAUU